GCUUUUUCGUAUACUGCGUUACAAUGCAGUCGGUGUUCGCCUCACAAGUCGUAUUCUCAAAAAGUUACUAGGUGCAUUAAUCAGUCCCUUAUUUCGUCGUUGGAAUGGAGAAAGAAAGAAUAAAAAGUGUAAUCGAAUUCUUCUCCACUCCAUUGGAUGAAGAAGAGCUAAUCGAUGGAGAAAGUAAACCCGAUGAACUGUACACCCUCUGUGAUGAUCCCAUGCAAGUACCCAUCAAACUCAUCGAUGAACAACUAAGGUUCGUUAAUCUUGCAACAGUUCAGGACCUUUUUGUUGACAAUUCAGGAUUUCUUGUUGUUGGCGCCAUUGGUUUACAGGGUUCAGGUAAAUCGUCUGUGUUAAAUAUUUUGGCGAAUUGCAUUUCUGACGGUUGUGGAGUUUUUGAUGGUCCUUUUAAUAUUCAAACUCUCAAGGAUGUAGUAACUAACAGCCCGUGUACUGCUGGUAUUAACUUAUAUAUUACACAAGAUCGUGUAAUUCUUCUGGAUGCCCAACCUCUUCUUUCAUUUGCACUCACCAACUAUCACACUCACUUGGUUGCUACUGGUAAUAUAACAUCUUCGUCCUCGAGUACUCAUCCAGGGCUUUCAUCUCUUACAGGUCCUGGUAAUUGGAACAUGGAUAUUUGGGCUGAAAUGGCUUCUAUGCAGAUUGUCGCCUUUUUAAUAAAUGUAUGCCAUGUUGUACUUGUUGUCAGUGAUAAUUUAACUACUGCUUCAACUCAGUUACACCGGCUUAUCGAUAGAGCAAUAGGUCUUAAACCAACUGUUUUUACACCGAAUGCCAUGCCAAUCCAUGCACUACGUGGUCGUCAACAUUCUGAUAUACAUAACAAGUCAUCAGAUAAUAAUAAGAAUUGUACAGAUAUAAAAAAAUUGACAACUAGUGUACAAGGUUUACAAAUUUCUAAUGUAAAUAAAACUAAUCCAUCUAUUAUCAACAAAGAUAAUAAAAGUUUAGAAGUUGAAGAUGUUGACAUUUUAUCUUUGUCUGAACAACAAUUUAUUGGGAAUUAUUCUACAUCGAAUAACAUUCUUGGACAAUAUCUUCAUUCUACUGAAGCUGAGUCUAAAGACGUUACAAAUGCAAUCAAUCGACUAAUAAAUUUAACUGAUUAUUCAGCCUCAUUAAUUCAUGUAUAUAAUCAGGCCCCAGCAGCUGCAUUUCUUGACCCGGUUGUGUGUGAAAAAUUAGAUAGGUAUAGGAAUAAAAUACUACCACUUAUGUACCCAGAGUACAGAAGGUUAGUAUCACUUGUUACUGUUGGUCCAAGAAUUUUAUCCGCUCACCUUCAGUCACGAAAUCGUGUUCAACCUACAACUGCACGUCAAAACUCUGCACAAAAUGAUACUCCUACUGAAAUAAAUCGAAACACUACUGACGUAAAGCUAACUAAAAACAGUUCAGAAAAUCGUUUAGUCCCUGACAAUUUUAUCGCGCAAAAUUAUUCAGGUUUUCUUGAUACUCAGGAAAAUUCUGUCUUACCUACUCCAUCAGGACUUUCCGAACCGUCCUCAGUUUCAUCAGACAAAGGACUUGCAUCAUCACAAAAGCCUUCGAAUAUCAGCGCAGAAACGUUGACUUCAGUAGAAGUUGAUAAUGAGUCAAAACCUAAUCCAACCCACUGUUUAACUUCAUUAAAUACAAUUCAAGAAAAAUCAAAACCUUUUUCUGGUGAAAAACCUGAUGGGUUAGUUUAUCUCAGAUUAAUUUAUGUAAUCUUAAUCAUUUGGGCUUUUUCCCUUAUAUGCUGAAUAAAAAAACAUUUUUGCUAGCUGUUUAGUAUUCGCUUUGUUUUGUCUAACACUAACAGUAUAAAAAUAAUUCCCACCGUAUAGAAGCGAUCUUUAUUGACAUUUUAUGACUGAUAACAUACUACAGUCAUGUAAUUGAUAGAUUAUGUACUAGACUUUGUAACUUUUACUACAUAGUUUUUUCUUCCUAGUCGUCAAUUGAUGGUUGUUCAUCGAGUUACUAUUAUAAUAUAUCAUAAGAUCCUUUUUGUUUGAAAAUCAACCUUAUCCUCACCAAAUAACUAAAGAGGAUAAUUCAAAAUAAUAGUGGUAUGUUCUAGAAUUGUAUCGAACUUUAAUGUCGUCCUUUUUUUUAGAUUCUGACCAUAAAUGCCAUUGAUUCGUUUUCCCUUUUUUAAUAUGCUAUUUUGUGAUGUUUCCCUAAAGACAUUUUUAUGCUGUAUAUAGACACUUGAGCUGUGUGCUUGUUGUCGUUCCUGCUUCUGGGUGCUUGUGGAAUAUAUUUUUCCGUUAUCUGAACCGAAUCUUCUCCCUCUAGUUAGCAGGACUGAGAGAAUAAGCUCUCAUCGAAUCGCUCUCACAUAGCCACGUGCAUACAACCACUGCCAGGGAAGUCCUACUCACUGUUUUAUCGUAGUGGGGUUGUUGUUUACGAAAUCGAGGGGACAAAAAGCGAAUGUGGGCUCCAGGAUCCUAAGGAAGCAAAUGGAGUAUCAGCCUGUUGUUGGUUGUAGCUCACGAAGAAAACCAUCUGCUUUGGGUUGGGCACCUGGACAGUAUCCCAGCCUUCACACAAAUCGUAUGGUUUAUGUGGCGCAUAUCUAUUUAGUUCCUCCAUGUACCAAUGUUUAUGUGUUUAAAUAAAUAAACCUUUUAAACUAAUUAUCUUGUGUGUAGCUGAAGAGCAAGCAAAUAUGUACAAUGUAUUAAUUGUAUUUCACAAAUGUCGCUUUUGCUUUGUUUUUUCCGUAUUUUUUCCGCAUUUCACAAUUUUGUAGGUACAUUCCCUUAGAUAACAGUAACAAUAAUAGUAAUAAUUGUGUUAAAAAAUUUGGCUUAUCGGAAUCAGAGAUAGUAUCGCAGUGUUGCAAUGUUUUGCACAAUGUAGAAGAUGAACUCAAUUCUGUUUUAAAACACACUAACUUAUCCGCUGGUGUAGACCAUCACAAGAAGAUUGUAGAGAAACGAUCAGGAAUAUUACCGGUCGAAGGUCAGCUCCCUGAUAAUGAUUUACUACAUAUACCUGGUAUUAAUGGUGAGAAGUUGAACGCCAGUCUUGUUCAAAUGUAUCAUGAUGUACAGACUACUAGAUGUAACUUUUUCGAUGUUCAAAAGCGAUUAGAUCAACCAAGAUUAUUCUUGAUACCAGAAGUUGACGAUGAAGGACACUCACCAUUAGGGUGUCCAACAUACUUAACAUCAGCCCGUAUCUUACAAGAAGCUGUUUUCUCUACACCUCGACAGCAUAUGAUGCCUAAUUUUACAGAGAAGAAAUGGAUAACAUAUGUUCAUAAAAUGUGGGAUGCUGUAAUACAUUCACCUUUGUUCCUCGAUUAUCAUUCCGUUCGGAUGAAUCAGAUCUAAGUGUUGCUACUUUUGAAAGACUGUUUAAUACUAUAUUUUAUUACAGUAAUUUAUCUUUACAUGAAAUAUAAUUACACUUUUU